AUGAGAGUCACGAAGACAUUUGGUUUGGAGGAUGUGGGCGGCCCUGCAGCUGAGGCCUUCCUCAUCUCCAAAGCCCCACAGCAAACCGGGAAAUCUGUCUACUCUGAUGCUUAUAGGGGGGAAAAGGUGGACGUGGACCUGAAGGAGCCCACGACAGAGCUCAGCAGGACACCGCCUCUUACCAGCAGCUUGGGCCAUGGACGCACCGUUCCACAGUCCGCUCUCCCACUGAGAGCCAGUGCUAAACAAAGCGAUUUUCUGGAAUCUAAGGGAUGCUUUGCCAAUUCAACAUCCUUUGGCAGAAGGGUCAGUUUCUCAUCUUCUGUUGAAACGAGUCCAAGUGUCAGUGAACCUCUAGGCCUCCCCAGCCUGUCUGCUCACCUAGACACUGUUACAGAUUUGGAUCAGAAAUCCUCCUCCUCACAUUCUGAUCACUCCUCUGAAACCUCAUUGCCUGAAGUCCAAAAGGAUAACUAUCCCAAGGAAUUCAGCCUGCUUAGGUUGCUGACAAAAGAUGGGCAGCGUCCGGAGUGGACAUUUUACCCGAGGUUUAGCAGCAAUAUCCACACCUACCAUGUUGGAAAGCAGUGCUUCUUUAAUGGGGUCUUCCUCGGCAACAGGAGGUCUCUGUCAGAGAGUACGGUGGACAAGAGCUUGGGGAGAAAGAAAUACGAUAUUGAUCCUAGGAAUGGAAUCCCAAAGUUAACUCCAGGGGAUAAUCCAUAUAUGUACCCAGAGCAGAGUAAAGGCUUCUACAAAGCAGGAGCAACCCUCCCACCAGUGAAUUUUUCAAUAGUGCCUUAUGAAAAGAAAUUUGAUACCUUUAUUCCACUUGAGCCUCUUCCACAAAUUCCCAACUUGCCUUUCUGGGUGAAGGAGAAGGCCAACAGUUUGAAGAAUGAGAUAAGAGAAGUUGAGGAGCUUGAUGAUUGGCAGCCGGCAGUGCCCUUAAUACACAGCUUAUUCCCUUCUGGUACUCUGGACUUUCCAGGACAAUCCUGAGCAGAAGCAGGCCCAUAAAGCAUGCACUGACUGCACUCUGGCAAGCCUCUUCCAGUUGAUGGGUUUUGACAGUGUGACUAUUCUAAACCAAAUGUUUGACUCU